CUUGUCCGACUUUCAACCGUCGAGUAGAUAGCCAUGUCUCUCCCUUGCUUUACUAAGACGCCUUUCUCCCCGAAUCCUCUUCGCACCAAGGCGGACCUUGGGCAAUUCCUCACAGAGCUCCUCGACCCCCUCGCCUCUCACACAUCUCCAGGUGGCGCCCGUAUCCAUCUUGGUUACACUGGGACCCACUUUGACGAAGCGGCCGCCCAUCUCGAGGGGUUCUCAAGGCCCAUCUGGGGUCUUUCAGCUCUGUUGGCUGGUGGAGGCGAAUAUGCUGGUGCAGAGAGAUGGGUUCGAGGUUUUGCGAAUGGGACGAAUCCACAGAGUGAGGAGUUUUGGGGCCCGAUGCGGAACAAGGAUCAGAGGAUGGUGGAAUGUUCGGCUAUUGGGUUUUCUAUUUCAGUCGCAAGGGAGAAACUGUGGGAUCCGUUGAGUGCCGAAGAUAAAGAGCAUUUCGAGAAGUGGCUCGGUGGGAUGAACGACAAGGAGAUGCCGAACACGAACUGGCUUUGGUUCAGGGUUUUUGCGAAUCUUGGAUUGUCGAAAGUGGGAUCGACCUACUAUGAUGCUGCCAGAAUGAAAGCCGACCUGGACCAUCUCGACACUUUCUACAUCGGUGACGGAUGGUCUCGCGACGGUCCGGAAGGAGUCGUUCAGCUUGACUACUACUCAUCUUCCUUCGCCAUCCAAUAUGCCCAACUUGUCUACUCGAAGCUUGCACAGGAUAUUGACCCAGAACGUUGCGAAGAAUUCCGUAACCGCGCUCGUAAAUUCGCUCUCGACUUCGUGCACUACUUCGACGAUGAAGGCCGUGCGGUGCCGUUUGGACGGAGUUUGACCUAUCGCUUCGCUAUGUCCUCUUUCUGGGGCGCGCUCGCUUUCGCCGACGUUACACCACCCGCUCCCCUUACCUGGGGCGUCGUCAAAGCCCUCCAGCUGCGCAAUAUUCGCUAUUGGGCGGCCCAGCCAGGAGCGUACAACUCCGACGGCACGCUCACCAUCGGCUUCCUGUACCCCAACCUCAAUAUCACAGAGAACUACAACUCACCUGGAUCGCCCUAUUGGUGCUGCAAGUCUUUCAUCGCGCUGUCGCUACCCGAGAGUCACCCGUUCUGGACUGCUGAGGAAGAAAAUCUGCCCCCACAACUCCGCGACGUGGUCAAGCCCUUGAAGCAGCCAUUCCACAUCGCCACCAACAAAGGUGGCCAUACUUACAUCCUAUCCUCGGGCCAGCAGUGCUCCUACCCUGUCAAGCAGAGUGCUGCGAAGUACGGUAAAUUCGCCUAUUCGACAGCAUUUGGAUAUAGCGUUCCUUCGGGCAAUCUUACGCUCGAGGAGCUCGGAGGUGAUAAUGCCCUCGCUCUAAGCGACGACGAGGGCGAGACAUGGAAGUGCCGCCGCGUCACUAGGGAAGCAAGGUUCGAGGAGGGUAAAGAUGGCCAGGUAUGGUUGAGGUCGAUGUGGUAUCCGUGGAAAGGCGUGGAGGUAGAGACUUGGCUCGUCCCGCCUCACGACGACGCGCCGUUGUGGCAUCUCCGAGUCCACCGCAUUCGCACCGAUCGGGCCUUGAAGUCCGCGGAAGGUGGCUGGGCGAUCCACGGUCAGCGGGAGGAUGGAAGGGCCUUGGAACCGCUCGAGUCAGACUCUGAGGCUUUCGGAACAUGGGAGCGUGGGACGGAGGGUAGAGCGGCCUCCCAGGCCGGUGUCGUGGGCCUUGUGGCGGUGGACGGUGUCGGUGCUCAGAAGGGUAGGACCGCGGUGGCACUGAGAACCGACGCGAACACGAACCUAAUGGUCCCCCGCGCGGUGAUGCCCACGCUGGUCGGUGACGUCGUCAAGGGGGAGAAGGAUGUCUGGCUCGUUAGCUGUGUUUUUGGCUUGCCGACAGAAGGGGACGCAAGUGGCGCGGCGGCCGGAUGGAUGGCGCAGUGGAAGAAACGUCCGGUAGUGCCAAAAGAGAUACAGGAUCUCUUGGACGAGAGUUUGCGUUCGUGAGUACGGUGUAUUGAUGACAUGUGUGUGUAACAGAUCCUUGAAGUUGUCCUCACUUGAGCGGCUCUUUUUUUGAGUGGCUCAUGGGUGGCUGAAA